GUGGUUGACUGUACCUUAGCAGAAAUUGGAAAGAAUCUUAACGAGGCCAUGAAGAUGCUUGAAGACAAUCAGAGGACAGCAGAGGAAGAUAAUGAAAAGAAGUAUACCAGAAAAGAUAUUCCUGGCCCACUUCAAGGCAGCGGACAAGAUAUGGUGAGCAUUCUCCAGUUAGUUCAGAAUCUUAUGCAUGGGGAUGAGGAAGAGGAAUCACAGCAGUCUUACAGACUCCAGAAUGUGGGUGAGCAGGGCCACAUGGCCUUGCUAGGACACAGCCUGGCCGCAUAUAUUUCUGUACUGGACAGAGAGAGACUCAGGAAACUGACAACCAGGAUACUUUCAGAUACCACCCUGUGGCUUUGCAGGCUCUUCAG